CCUCAACGUCCUCUGGGUCCGGCCGCGGCGACAGGCUUCCCCCGUUCUCUACUACGACAACGAAGGCGUAGACGGUUGUGUCUUCCUUGAUCCCAUCUUCAUCGAUACUAUCCUCCUUUGCCGUCAUCCGCCUCGCUGUCGAUCACCAUGUCUUCCCGAUCCUUCACGGUAUUCCAGGAUACACCAGUCUCCGAUACCCCUCACCACAAAGAUCCCAGUUUAUCUCCUACGCUAUCCCCCUUGACGUCAUCCACCAUGCAUAUCUCUGCAAACCUUGGUCCUGUCACCGCUACAGACAAGGAAAACUUGGAUCCAAUUACCGGAGAACCCGUUGUCGCCAGUGGUACCAACGGGAAAAAACGGAAAACAAGCGUUCUAGCCACGAAGUCACUCACUCCCUUGGGACCAGUCUUGAAGGAUGUCAAAGACUCCGUCGAAGGUCAACCCGAGACGAAGAAACGCAAGUCUUCCGUCUCUUCGGGCUCGAAGCCGAAAGUGAAGAAGGAUGGUAAAGGGUUGGGAUCAGGGAAGAAGACAGCAACAAAGAAAUCAACGCGCAAGGCGUUAACGAUGCCCAAGGUUGAUGAAGAAGUUGACAUCGAGAGGGACGCCAGAGAACAGGCACUCGUUGAUUCCAGAUGUCGAGAUUUGACUGUCAGCCCCUUGGCCGACGUGUCAGAAGCAUAUAUCAAGUCGAGCGUAUUUGGCGAGGUCGUCCUCGAGCGCCCUGUCUCCGAAGAUUCCCGAUGGCUGUCAAAGGAAUCUUCAUGUGAGCCUGAUAUCCGUGAUUACCUUACCACCGCCCACCUUUCCGCGUCCACGUCGUCUUCAACCCUUCGCGGGUCAUCUCCUGCUUGCGAACCAGCCAAGGUUUUCUCUACCCCAGAGCGCAAGAGAAUUUAUUCCGCGUUUACUUUCCAAUCCCCGUCUCCUGCCAGGACACGUCUUCACAAAAAGUCCAGUGAUUCUAUUCACAUUGGUCCUUUGAACUUCGGUGAACUAGACGAUACGUCAUCAUGAUGAUGCCCUUCCCAAGUCAUUAUGAUAUGUCUUCGCGCCAUAUCACGUCCAAAAUACUUGUCGCCGUCCUUCUCAUUCAUCAUUAACUACCCAUCGCAAUCUUCUAUUUUCAAGCUUCCCUCGCAUGCCUGUCGUAUCCACAAUAUUGAACAUAGUCGCCCACAAUUACAUCAUGUUCAGUUCCCCUUGUUUACAUGCAAACCAGCAUCUUAUUUCUAUUUAUCGCAAGUGUUUUCUUGUUUUCUUUUCUUUCCGUCCUACGCAUCUCCUUGAAAGCUAUCUUUGUGACUUUUAAUCUCGGUAUUGGUCCUGUCAUAGCAAUAGCAUGUAAUUCCAUCACUGCAUUGUUCGA